UAGGUUAUAUUUAUUCAUUGCUCGUUAACAAACGUUUGUCCUAAGUGUUCUACUCUUUUUUGGAUAUAUCCAGCUUGUAGAAGCACAAUUUUUCCAUUAGUUGGAUAAAGAAUAUACAGAAGGAUGUCUGGCAGAAAAGAAACAGUUUUAGAUUUGGCAAAAUUUGUUGACAAGGGUGUGCAGGUCAAGCUUACUGGUGGAAGACAAGUGGUAGGAACACUUAAAGGCUAUGAUCAGCUGCUUAAUCUUGUCUUGGAUGAAGCCGUGGAGCAUCUUAGAGAUGCCGAUGAUCCCCUGAAGACUACCGACCAGAAACGAAGUCUUGGCUUAAUAGUCUGUAGGGGUACUGCAGUAAUGCUUGUGGCUCCAACUGAUGGUACAGAUGAGAUAUCCAAUCCUUUUCAGCCAGACGGGGCAUAGACAGAUCAACCUUGUUAUUUUGAAUUUAGCUGAACUGUAAUUCUGUAAACAGUCUGGACCUUUGCCUUUUGUUUGUGUUUUAAUAGAAACUGCUUCUAGUGGGAAUUGUCGAUGCAUUUCCUUCUUGAGGUGAAGUCAUUUUAGUUCCCUAUUCACCUGUGACAAUGUUGGAUUUAUAUCAAACAUUAACUUUUGGCUUGGCUAUUUCUCAA